UUCACCCUUGAAACAGAGUAGGAAACAAAGCUCUUUCUCUAUUCAUGGCGGGUUCUAAUCCAACCCCUUACUAUACUCCAACCUCCAAACCCACUCCAACUUCCCACCAUUCUUCUUUACCUUUGAAAAAACCCAAUUUUUAUUCAUUAAUUGCCAUCACUUUUCUCUGCUCUGCUUUUUACUUCACCGGUUUAUGGCAAAGCAGCACCACCGGCACCGGUGCCGGCAGCAGCAGUGUCGUCAUCACCACCACUUCCCUCCCCUGUUUCCCUUCUAAAAACACCUCCACAAAUCCUCCAUCUUCAAGAACCACCACCAAAAAACUAGACUUCACCACCCAUCACUCCGCUGCAGACGGCGGAGCAGCUGUUACAGCACCUGAUGACGCAAUCAAGAUUUACCCUGUUUGCGACAUCAAGUACAGUGAGUAUACCCCAUGUGAAGACCCUGAAAGAUCAUUGAAAUUCAACAGAAGAAGAUUAAUUUACAGAGAAAGGCAUUGCCCUGAAAAGAAUGAACUCUUGAAAUGCCGUAUACCUGCACCGUACGGUUACAAGAAUCCAUUUAAAUGGCCUGUUAGUAGAGAUGUUGCAUGGUAUGCUAAUGUUCCUCAUAAAGAAUUGACAGUAGAAAAAGCCGUUCAAAAUUGGAUUAGAUAUGAAGGUGACAAAUUCAGAUUUCCUGGUGGUGGAACUAUGUUCCCUAAUGGUGCUGAUGCUUAUAUUGAUGACAUUGCGAAAUUGAUCAAUCUUAAAGAUGGCUCCAUUCGAACCGCCAUUGAUACUGGCUGUGGGGUUGCGAGUUGGGGAGCUUAUCUUUUGUCACGAAAUAUCAUAGCCAUGUCAUUUGCACCUAGGGAUUCACAUGAAGCACAGGUUCAAUUUGCUCUCGAGCGCGGAGUACCUGCUCUAAUUGGAGUUAUUGCCUCCAAGAGGCUUCCAUAUCCAUCUAGAGCUUUUGACAUGGCACAUUGCUCUCGUUGUCUAAUUCCAUGGGGGGAGUAUGAUGGCACGUAUUUGAUUGAAGUUGAUAGAGUCCUUAGACCUGGUGGAUUUUGGAUCCUCUCUGGCCCGCCGAUCAACUGGAAAAGACAUUGGAAAGGCUGGGAAAGAACCAGGGAAGACCUAUAUGCUGAACAAAAUAAAAUUGAGCAAGUAGCUAAGAGACUCUGCUGGAAAAAGUUUGUUGAGAAGGAUGAUAUCGCAAUAUGGCAGAAGCCGUUCAAUCAUAUGAAGUGUACAGAAUUUCGAAACAGAAACAAAAACCCACCAAUGUGUCCUGCACAAGAUCCUGAUAAAGCCUGGUAUACAAAGAUUGAAACUUGUUUAACUCCCUUGCCUAAAGUUGCAAGUGAAGAAGAGGUGGCAGGUGGACAAUUGGAAAAGUGGCCUAAAAGAUUACACGUAAUACCACCGAGGAUAAGCAGGGGAACUGUAGAUGGAGUCACAGAAGAAGUUUUCCAGAAGGAUUCACAGCUAUGGAAAAGAAGAGUAUCUUAUUACAAGUCAGUGAAUAACCAGCUUGACCAGCCUGGGCGAUACAGAAAUAUCUUAGAUAUGAAUGCAUUCCUAGGUGGCUUUGCUGCAAAUUUGGUCAAUGAUCCUGUUUGGGUGAUGAAUAUAGUUCCCCUUGAGGCUAAGGUCAAUACACUUGGUGCUAUUUAUGAACGAGGACUAAUCGGAACAUACCAGAGCUGGUGCGAGGCUAUGUCAACUUACCCAAGAACAUAUGAUCUCAUUCAUGCUGAUUCCGUAUUUACCCUCUACGAAAACAGAUGUGAAAUGGAAGAUAUUAUGCUAGAAUUGGAUAGGAUAUUAAGGCCAGAGGGAAGUGUAAUAAUCCGAGACGACGUAGAUAUAUUGAUCAGAGUGAAAAGAAUAGCAGAUGGACUGAACUGGGAUAGUCAAAUUGUUGAUCAUGAAGAUGGUCCAUUGGAGAGGGAGAAGCUUUUCUUUGCAGUAAAGACAUACUCGACAGCUCCAGCUACUCAACCAUCUAAAACUACUUAAGCCAUCAUUGUUGUAAUCUUUUUUUCUGUUGUUCAUCCUCUCUUUCUUGUAUUCUUUCACUUGUUAAAUUGUAGUAGUAGUACUAUUACUUGCAAAUUGUAAACUCUAGGGUUUUAGUGAUUCUUCUGCAAUUCCAAUGAAGUCAUGAGUU